AUGUCUCACGCCCGCGUAGAAGAGGUCUCAGACAGCGACCCCGACGAGAUGGACAUCGCCGACUUCGAUCCCCGCGGCGCCAUCCUGCAACCCGCCUCACUCCCAAACCCAUCAAGCUCAAGCUUAAGCUCUGGCCCGUCAUUCGCACAACCGCCCAUGCAAGCACAAGCACAGUUCCGGCCCGACGCCGCGCGCGAAGCCGAACAAGCCGCCCGCAGCAAGAACUGGCAAUGUAUAUACCCGGUCUACUUUGACGCGAGCCGGACGCGCGCCGAGGGCAGACGGGUGGGCAAGAACCGGGCGGUGCAGAACCCGCUGGCGCGAGAGCUGAUUGAUGCGUUGCAGGUGCAGGCGCCUGGUCUGGAGAUUGUGUUUGAGCCGGGCAAGAUUCAUCCUAAGGACUGGGCGAAUCCGGGGAGGGUGAGGGUCUGCGUGAAGCAGGAGGGGAAGUCGGUGGUGCGAGGCGUGCAGAACAAACACCACCUCUACAACCUCAUCUCGGAUUACCUAUUACUGCACCCCACCGAACCAGAAACUCCGCUUCGCCUCCGCAUACAAGGCCUACCGGCGCCCAAGGGUGCACCGCCACCACCAGCCGUGCCUCGCGGCUGGAAGAUGAACACAAUCCUACCACUGCAUUCACCAGCAGUCACUGGUGGCGGCAUAAGCGAGAACUUCCUAAAAGACAUGAUGGCAGAGAUGCAAGGCGAAGCGCCCGGCAGUGGAAACGCAAGCGGGAGCGAAGCGCCAGCCGGGAAGAAGAAGAAGGAUAAAAAGAAGAAGUGA